AUGAUUCCACCAGCCGAAACACUCUUGAAGUACGACAAUCCAGUUUUGAUUACAAGCACAAAGAGCAAAUCACCGAAGAGACGACACUUAAGAAUGAGCUUUAAGUUGUCAGACAGCCCUGCACCCACUCCACCUUCUACCCCAAAAUCUUCCUCCAGCCAAGAGCUAGAGAACGAGGACAUCCUGCACACCAUACUUCCACCCAGGGAAUGGACAGAGGGAAACGAGACAUGGGUGCAGAAAGUGUCCAGUGCACCCUGUACCAGAACAGAUGUUGUACGCUUGGAGGAACUCCUGGACACAAAGCUGCAGCAAAGACAGGCCAGACAAACGGGCAUCUGUCCUGUGCGCAGAGAGCUUUACUGUCAAUGUUUCGAUGAACUAAUCAGACACGUCACCAUCAUGUGUGCUGAGAGGGGUCUGCUGCUGCUACGAGUCAGAAAUGAGAUAAAUAUGACUUUGGCUGCCUACCAGGCAUUGUACGAAAGCAGCAUAGCAUUUGGUAUGAGGAAAGCACUGCAGGCUGAGAAAGAAAAAAAUGACCAAGAGAAAAAGAUUGCAGAUCUGGAGAAUGAGAUACAAGAUCUGACACAGCAGCUAAACAGUCAGAAAGCCAAAUGUGAUGCCCUUGAAAAGAGAGAAGCUGAAAAGAGACAAGUGCAGGAAAAGAACUUCCUUGAAAAAAUCCAAUUCCUUAAGAAAACAAAUGAACAGCUCCAGAAUCAACUGGAGGGAAAAUUUGCACCCUAG